CCUCAUCUUUGCAGGGGGGGAAUAGGCGCCAUUGAUGGACAAAGCUCUGCAGCAUGCGGUUUCAUCCCUGUGGACGCCGUCCAUUUCAUUCCGACAUGAGGCGGGAGCCCUCCAAUAUAUUAAUUCCGGAUUUUUAAGGAACCAGAUGAACGGAAGAAGGAAAAAUGGAGAGUCCCUCAUCUUGUGUUGCUCCGAGUAUACUCCACUGCAAGUGGUGAAGAAGAGGAAGAGAUAUAGGAAGCAGUACCCAGGUGAAAGCACGGGCAUCACGGAGGAGAUGAGGUUCGUGGCUAUGAAACUCCGCAACACCCCUAAGACCAACAUUACCCAUAAAGAAGAAGAAUCAGAAGAAUAUAAUGAUGAUGAUGGUGACGGUACUUGGCAGCCCAGCAUGGAAGGAUUCCUCAAGUACUUGGUCGAUAGCAAGCUCAUCUUCAACACCGUCGAUCGCAUUAUUGAUGAUUCCCAAGAUGUUUCUUAUGCCUACUUCAGAAGAACUGGAUUGGAACGAUCAGGAGGCCUUUCUAAAGACCUAGAAUGGUUUAGCCAACAAAAUAUGGUAAUUCCACCGCCUAGCAAUCCUGGAGUCUCCUACGCCCAAUAUUUGGAGGAAAUUGCAGAGGAGAGUGCCCCAUUAUUCCUCUGCCAUUUCUACAACAUAUAUUUUUCCCAUAUAGCAGGUGGUCAAGUGAUAGCGAGACGGGUUUCUGAGAAGCUCCUUGAAGGAAGGGAGCUAGAAUUCUACAAAUGGGAGGGGGAUGUACAAGAGUUGUUCAAAGGUGUGAGAGAGAAGCUUAACAUGCUUGGGGAGCACUGGACUCGUGACGAGAAGAACAAAUGCUUAAGAGAAACAACAAAGUCAUUCCGGUUUAUGGGGCAGAUAGUUCGCUUAAUCAUCUCCUGAAGCUAGGGCAUCCAAUUGCUCUGGAUGGUUAUUAGUGGUAAAUGCCUGAACAACCACUUCUGAUGCUGAUAUAUUGCAUGGUUAUUGUUGUGAGCAGUGAGGAGUGCUGAUUGAUGAGUAUGAGGGAGGAGCAUACAUCAUCUCUAUCCAACGGUCUCUUGGAGCUGACAUUGCUUCCAGUAGAAGGAUGAUCAAGUAUGCAACAACACAGCAAAGCAUGGAUAGCAGAACUUGUUUCCUAACCCUAUUUUAUGGCUAAAGCCUUUGGAUCCCUGUGGAAAUAUGGUCUCUCCUUACACAAUGCUACAUUAAUUUGAUAACAGAGACUACAAAAAUAAAAAAUUGCCAGUGUAAGUCGUUGUGCUGCUC